UGGUACGCAGAAGAGACAGGUAGACAGGCGGGUUGCAUAUUUCAAAGCAUCAGGGAGACAGAAGAUGGUCUCAUCGUGUGAAUAAUUCGUAUACAUUCAGAUCACCGAUAGCAUCUAUUCAGAUUUAAGGCAUAUUGUUUAAAAUACUGAGUUAGUUUUGUCUACACUCAAAAUUUGAAAGGAAGAGAAACCGAAAGUAGGAAUUGUUGGACGCGAGGUUUUAAAACUAAAAUAUAGUGAUGCCAUUUUCUGUUAUUGUCCUGUUUUUUACCAAUGUCUGGCAUGCAGAUGUCGAUGUCCCGUGAGGAGAAAGUGGUGGAAUUCCUGACCUGUGUGAUCUGCCAGGAACAGUACACAGACCCGUGUACACUGAGGUGUGAUCACACAUUCUGCAGGAAAUGUGUCACCUCAUACGUCCAGACCAGACCAGAUGCUAUACAGUCCAAGACCAUCCCCUGUCCCUGCUGUCGACAAGAUACCAAGGUCCCCCCACCCCAGGAGGCCGGUGGAGGAGUGGGCGGGGCAGAUCAAAGCCAGCAUCAUUAUACAGGGGCUGAUUGACACACAGGAACCUUCUACAAGUACUGCAGAUACUGGUUCGUUUUGCUCGGUGUGUGAGAAGUUAGGGGAGACAACUCCAGGAACCUUAUGGUGUUCUGAGUGUGAAGUGCUCCUCUGCAAGAGAUGUGUCAAGAUGCAUCGUGCAAGUCCAGCAUCACAUGACCAUGAAAUGUGUGACCUUUCAGGAGAGAUGAAUGUCAAGAGAAGACGUAAGGUUGUAUGUCCGGAACACAAGGGUGAGGUUAUAAAGUUCGUCUGUAAAGACUGUCACAAAGCCGCAUGUCAGACAUGCUGCGUGCUUCACCACAGGAAAUGUGAGUCUGUCGUUACUAUGGAGUCAGUGAUGCCAACCAUGAAGUACCAUUUGAGAAAGAACGUGAAAGUAUUAUCAAAGAAAAUGAAUAGAAAACAAACGCUGGUUAAAAAAACACACAAGAAAAUUAGAGGAAUAGAGAAAACUAAAGUAGCUGUAGAAGGUCACAUCAAAUCUGCUGUUGAGAGAGUCAUCGCCAACAUCAAACAGAAAGAAAUACAGCUGAUGAAUGAAGUCAAUGAUAUUACAGAUAAACAAACACAGCAACUUAAGGCAGAUAUUAAACUUGAAGAGAUCGAGAUGCAGAUGUACAGACAACAUUGUGAGUUCAUUGACCAGGCCUUGGUAUCGGACUGUGAGAUGGACCUGUAUGACGCGUAUCAGGCCUGGGAGUCUGGAGCUGUAGAGAUGGAGGAUGUCAGGGAUACAGAGGCAGCAGACACCCGGAGAAUAGAUGACAUCAGGUUUACACCUGACACUGACAAUGUCCUAAAGGCCCUAGAUAACCUGCAGUUUGGGGAGAUUGACGUCACAUACCAGGAUCAGGAGCAAUAUCUGCCAUCUCCAGUGCUGGUUGACAGGAUAGAUGUGAGGGUGUCGGGUGAUGAGGAGGACCCUCUUCUAUUUGAUGUGACAGUUCUGGUUGUAGAUGGUGUACAGACAUGUGUUGUUACCGACUAUAAUAACAAGUGCGUGAAAUCUUUCUUCACAAGAAAUAAUCAUUCAUGCCACAGUAAACUUCCCCUGGAUAACACUCCACAUGGGAUAACACAGUUGAAUGAGAAGCAGGUGAUGGUUGCUGUCCCAGACUCCCAUCAGAUUGUAACAAUAGAAGUGACCCCUGACCUGGUGCUGCUCUCAACCAUCACAACACGUACCGGAUACUACAGUCUGGCUGUUCUGAAUCCAUCAUCUCUAGCAGCAGGUGCUUGGAAAUGUGUUGAUAUCCUGGACAUGUCUGGACACGUGUUGAGGUCAAUCACUACACACAAUGAUGACUCACUGUUUACCUACCCCUUCUACAUGUGUGUCAACAACAAGGGCAACCUACUCGUGUCUGACUGUUGGAAGAAGUCUGUGACAUGUCUGACGUCAGAGGGGGAUGUUGUGUGGAGAUACGCCCCUGCCGGAGACAGAGCACUCAGCUUCCCUCGUGGUAUCACAACUACCACGACAGGAGACAUCCUGCUUCUAGACAGGGGCAAGGUGAUACAGCUGACAGAGUCGGGGGAGUUUGUCAGAGAAUAUCGAGACAUGGUUGAUUAUCCACGGGGACUGUAUGUAGACAGUCAUGACUCAAUGUACUUGUGUAGCCAAACUCAAAUCCUGGAAUUCCUCUUCAUGUAGUCAUACAUCCCAGCAUCAGUAAAAUAUGAGUUACACUAUAACAGAUCAGUACAGAUAUAGAUAUUUUGAUCAGAUUGGAUACUGUUUGGAUUUGAUAACUGAUCAUAGAAAUAAGUUCCAUAACACAAUAGAACGUUCUCGUCAGUGACUUCCUCCAGGUACUCGUGGACAGAGCGUCUACCAGCGAGUGAAGUCACUGAUUAGAUGCAUCAUUCUAAAUGUGGUACUUGUUGUUACCCUGCCUGUUCAGCAUUGAUAUGAUAAGGCAAGGACAGCUUGGUGUCAGUAGGCUGUGUCUUAGUAGGGUAUCCUGUUGUUCAGCAUUGAUAUGAUAAGGCAAGGACAGCUUGGUGUCAGUAGGCUGUGUCUUAGUAGGGUAUCCUGUUGUUCAGCAUUGAUAUGAUAAGGCAAGGACAGCUUGGUGUCAGUAGGCUGUGUCUUAGUAGGGUAUCCAUGGUAAACUGCGAUGUGAUAUCUCAUCAGAUUCACAGAACGUCCACUAUAUUAGGAAACGUACGAUGGUAGGUUUGCUUGCCCCUCCCCCAGGUCGGGUGUCCAGGUGGGCAGUGAGUAGUGUAGGGGUGACAUACCUUGGCCCUUGCCAAAGAUACACACUGGCCACAGAUCGAAGAUGGAGUGUGGGAAGUCAGGUAUAUUUUUAGAAACAGAUGAUUCUAAAGAACAUAUGAAUGGAUGAAUACUUUGAUGAGGAAUUUGAUUUCGAACAGCUGGGAUAUCAAACUAGUAUGGAAUUCCCGCAGUUAAACCCCGAGCUUGAUAAUGAAAAAUAGCCACUUUGGUUACCAAAUUAUGAAGCCAUAAUUAACCCCAGGGUUAAAUUCAGGAAUUGCACAUAUUGAAAGUAAAGAAACAGUCACAAUGUAAUGAAUGACUUUAAUGUUUACAUCAUUUUACAAAGAGCUGAACUGGAAACGAGAACGAAGGAUACAGUUUGACAUUAAGCUAAUUGGGUCUGUAACGGUUAUAUCAGUUUUAUGAAUAUCUUUCAGAAAGGGCUGGAUGAGUGGGUUAGAUGGCUGACUUUGUGUGCUGGUGAUUAGGACUCUGAGAGUGUGGGUAUUCCCGGAUAGUAUUCAACCUGAAAAUGUACUAGAAUCUGUAUGUGUAAUGUGGAUGUAAUCUGAAAUGUAACAUGUCACAUCAAAACUUGACAGAUCACAGAUCAAAAGGUUAGUGUGGGAAGUCAGGUAUAUUCUAUUUUAGAGGGAAACAUAUUGUCAGUUGUUGAUAACUAUCAUAAAUGUAGCCUGUCAUAACAUAACAUAUUUUUUCAUAUGAAUUUUAUGUUUAUAUAUGAAACUGUACAGGAGUUAGAAGUAUCUCUUGUCUCCCUUGCAGUAUAUGAACCCGCCUGUUUCCAGCAUACACUGCAAAAGUCAUUUCCUGAAAUUGGAAUGUUAGUCCUGUCAAACUACCUGUAUUUUCUCUGGUGUUUCAUAAACAAAUUCACCAGAAGUCAGGUCCCCGCAACUGUCAAAUAUUGAACCAAUCUAAUGAUGUCAAUUGAAAGAUGGUUGAAAAUUUAAUUAUCAAGUGGCAACUACUUGAUGAAAAAUUUAGUCAUAGUGAUUCCUGUUGCUGCCAUGUUGGGGGAAUCAAAUAAAUAGGUGACAGGGACCUGAUCUGCUGUUCAUUACUUAUUCCUUCAGGUAUGUCAUUGUAAUCAAUCACAGGCCACAUUCCCCAGCAAGGCAUGUUGAGUCAUGUUUACACUGCUGUUUCAGAACUCCAGAAAGUAUGUAUUCUUGUGAUCAGCUUACUAUUUUGUAUUUAUAUAUAGUAUUACUCGGUGUUUUGCGGUCUUUGUGUCGGUAGUGAAUUAAUGUUAUUCAUUCAGCAAUUUUGUGAAUCCUUCGUCUAGACAUGGUCAGCUUAUGUUGUGAUGAUAUUUAAUUAAAUUAUCAGAAGUAACACAGAAUUUGUUAACCGAACAUAAGUGGAAGACCAAAAAGAUCACAGUUCUGUUUUGUUGACAACAAUCAGAAUAACUGUACCAAAGGAUCAUGUAAAUGUUGGAAGGCAUAUAUUUUAUAUAUAUUUUCAUUACAUUUUUCAACAUUAUAGUUUUGUAUUGUUUGCGUGGGAUUAACAGUUUCUAUAUACCAACAAUGUCAAGAAAUGUGCUAUAAUAGAAAUAUUGUAGAUUCUAAAUGAUUUUUGAGUUUAUUGUAAUGGGAUUUUAACUGUUGUUGUGUAAAUUGUUCUGGUAAUCUCUACCAGUCUUAUUGCAGCAUACAGUACUUGUACAAGCUGGAAGGAAUAACCUGUAUCACUUUAGAAAACCUGAGUCCAAACACUGCUGUAUUGUUAAAGUACACAUAUGUAUUUGGCAUAUAUUGGCUUAGAAUCACAUUGUUUCUGGACAAAGUGAGACUGUAUUAUUUUUGUUUUGAGUGAAGGGAGAUGACUCUGUAAUACUUACUCUGGCUGAUAGAAGGGAGAAAAUUCACUUCUAUCCAGAGACCAUUUGUCCUUCAGAAACAAAAAAUUGUAAAAUUU